GCACGCGAUUAGGCCCUAGCACGACACCCCGUUUCUCACAACCCUCCACGCUCAGCAGUACGCAAGCAUCACCGACAGAAACAAUCCCAUGAAUAAAGCUCUGCUUUUCCCACGCGUUGCCAGGCUCGGUACGAGCGCUCUCCUAUCUCGUGAACUUGCUCCGGUCUCACGAAGCCUCACUCGUCUUGCCGCUACUACAUCACUUCGUUCUUCUCCUCCCUACCAAGGUCUCCUCCAUCGCACCCAAAAGCUCAGUCCUUUUGACCGCUCUGUCGCUCCAUCUCUCUCCCAUGCUUUCAGCACACAAAGUGUCAACCAGGUUAAGGCGGAAGACAAGGACAGCGAAGACAAAAAAUCUCGAAAGUUCGCCUGGAUUGAUGAAGAAGCGCGGGAGCUAAUAUUGAAAGCUUACCAGCGUCACAAGCAACUCGCAGACCAAAAUCAGUCCUUUCCACCCAGUCUUUCUGUCAAAGACCUUGAGAAGAUUGGUACGCCUUAUCACUACCAACCUCAGGAUGGUAUAGACCGUUUCGCACUCGGCCUCAUGAAGUUUCUGCGUGUCUUCGUUCAUGCUUUCUUCCGGGAGAAGUAUGAUCACCAUGCCGUCUGUCUGGAGACUGUCGCCGCGGUCCCAGGAAUCGUCGGUGGAUUUCACAGGCAUUUGAGAUCUCUUCGGAACAUGAAGCGGGAUCAUGGAUGGAUCAACGUCCUUCAAGAGGAAGCCGAGAACGAGCGUAUGCAUCUGCUCAUUUUUAUGAAAGUCUGCAAGCCCUCGUUUAUGGAACGGUCGCUCGUCAGGGUUGCACAGGGCCUCUAUUUGGCCUUUUACUCGGGUCUGUACCUUACCCACCAAAGAGCUGCUCAUCGCCUGACUGGAUACUUGGAAGAAGAAGCCCAUCGAGCUUACACAGACUACUUGGCCAGUAUAGACAGCGGAAAGCUAAAAAACUAUCCCGCACCGCUUAUUGCGAGAAAUUACUACCGUCUUCCAGAGAACGCCAGGAUCAGAGACGUGAUCCUUCACGUACGCGCAGAUGAAGCCAUGCAUAGAGAUGUCAACCACCACUUCGGAAACAAGUAUGGUGCGGGUGACACCGACUCUCCCGUAAAAAUCAAGUAAGACCAGCUAACUUGUGCAGCGAGCAAUUUUUGGGCUUUCACCUCAAAACGUGGAACACAACAACGGGGUUUUAAGUCAUAUCCCCACAUCCCCCGCUAUGUACAAUAGUGAAGAGUAUAAGCGUGAUAAAAAAGAGAAUGAAUGUAUCUUGACACCUCA